ACUAGGUGGGCUGUUGGGGGGCGGAUGCAUGAGUGUGAAGGGAGGGAAAGACUCGACCCCAGCCGCCUCCAUCCCAGAUUUCCGCACAGCUGCCCGCUUUGGGGCAAGGGGGGGCAGGUGCGGGAGGGAGCCUCCCUCUUUGCUAAGGGAGAAGGGGAGAGGUUUCCUAGCGGGCCUUCCCCGCUUCCGUGCGCCGCUUGCUGCCUGCUCGCAAUUUGCCCGAGGCCCUGCCUCAGUCCGCUCCUUUUCCGGCAACCUCGGGCAGCGCCGCCAGGGCCGGGAAGCUGCUCUGAGUCCGGGCUUCUCUGCAGCGCAUCUUUCGCAGCCUCCCGCUGCCGUGAAGAUGGAGUCCAUCGAGGAGCUGGCGCUGGGCCCUUGCACCGCCUCCCCUUACCUACGCCCCUUCCGGCUCCGCUACCGCCAGAAUGGCGUUUCAAAGACUUGGGACUUCAUGAGGACGCAUGACAGUGUGUCCAUUCUGAUCUUUAAUGCUUCUCGGCAGUGCUUUGUUGUGGUGAAGCAGUUCCGUCCAGCUGUCUACAUGUGUGAGAUGGAGCGUCAGUGUCCCCAGGACUUUGCAAGUAACAACCAGGAGAGCUGGUGUCCUCUUCCAGCUCGUGUUCCUGCUUCCGUAGGAAUAACAUAUGAGCUCUGUGCUGGGAUUGUAGACAAGCCGGAGCUCUCUCUGGAGGAAAUUGCCUGUGAGGAAGUCUUAGAAGAGUGCGGCUACAGUGUCCCAAUAGCCAACCUGAAGAAAAUUGCAUCCUACAGAGCUGGAGUUGGUGUGACGGGAUCAAAGCAAACGUUGUUUUAUGCCGAGGUAACCGAUGGGAUGAAAACUGGUGAAGGAGGGGGCCAGCCCCAAGAAGGCGAGCUGAUUGAAGUUGUGGAAAUCCCUCUGCAGGACUCCAUGAGUUUUGCGUUUGAUGAGACUUUUCCUAAAACGAUGGGUGUCAUCUUCAGCUUCAUGUGGUUUCAAAACAAUGUUGCCCCAAAGCUGUUAGAAAAAUAAGAAUGGAGACUGAGAUGUACUGGAAUUGUCAGGGUGGGGAAUAAAAACAAAACACAACCAUAGAUAGGAAACCUUUCUGGGUGUAUAUUGUUUAGCACCCUGUUUGGGGGAAAACUCAACAAUAAUAGGAAUUGGGAACGGGAUUCCAUUUUUUUUCUUUUCUUUUCUGUAAGAGUUAAACUCCUGGUCACCAUUUAUGGCUUUUGGUAUGAGUCACCAUUGGCACGGAGUCCACUGUCCUUCUUGUCUUUUUGGGUAGCUUCUCAUUAUCACCAGCAAGUCAGUAAAAAGUCUGGGAAAGGGAACCAGAGGUUCCAGGCAAGCGUGUGCUCCUGUCAGACAUGCUGUGUGAAGCUGCCAACAUGCCCAGUUACUGUCUUCUGCUCAAGAUUUUACCAAUAAUCUCUGCUCAGUUUCACACCUAGGUGUCACAUUGGGUACAGCUGGUAGCUCACCUAAUAAUAAUAAUAAUAUUUUGAUUUCUAUACCACCCUUCCAAAAAUGGCUCAGGGCGGUUUACACAGAAAAAUAACAAACAAAUAAGAUGGCUCCCUGUCCCCAAAGGCCUCACAAUCUAAAAAGAAACAUAAGAUAGACACCAGCAACAGUCACUGGAAGUACUAUGCUGGGGGUGGAUAGGGCCAGUUACUGUCCCCCUGCUAAAUAAAGAGAAUCACCACAGUAAAAGGUGCCUCUUUGCCCAGUUAGCUUACUAGAAGCUCGUAGAAUCUCAGGUGGAAGUCGGUAUACAGCCACAUCUUCAGCUUCACAUGACAUGUCCGAUGGAAGCCUGCACUCACUGGGAACCUCUGGUUCACUCUCCCUAAUGUUUUAACCAACUUGCCGGCAAUCAUGAGAAGUCACUCAUUAAUUGAGAGAAGCUAAGAUUGGCCAAGAUGGAAACCUUUAGAAUUGGGGUGCAGAAUCCAGUUGCCUGGCAGCACAUCCAUGUCCGCUCGUUAUUCCCCUCACUACCACGUGGCACAUUAGCCAAUAUGACUAAUGUGCCACGUUUGGGGGAUUGCUGAAUUAGAGCUUGGUCAGGUGGGACCUGCAUCUCCCCAACCCUAGUGCCUCUGUCAAAUAGCUCAAGCAGGCCAAUUCCCUCCCACUCACCCCCAUCCUGAUGUUCUGCUCAUGGGGUGUUGUUUUUUAAGCUGCCACCUCCCACAUUCCAUGGCUGCUGGGGGCCACUAAGCAUGCUCUGACCUCAUAAGUGGUUGUUGUUUUUUAGUUGUCACAUUUGCUUUUCCUUGUGAUCUACACGUGUAUUUACUUGUGCAUACUAGGGAGUCCCAUGGGUCUGUAGGCACGAUUACUGUAUAUGGGUGUGGCCCCAUAUUUUGCUUCCAGCCUGAUGGGCACUCAGCCUCCUGGAUUGGCAGUUAGUAUAUAUAGAUAUCACAGAGGAUGCUUUUGGAGGGCCCUGGGUUUUCUCCCAUCAUACUCUUAUCCCUGCUCUUCUUGCAUUUUCACACUCUGUUGAAAGUUGUAGUAGAUUAUCUGACACUCUCGUCUUAUUUCUGAAAAGUUCCUCAUGAAGUUCUUCUUAUGUCCUUAGCCUAGACCAGGGCUGCACAACUUCGGAUCUCCUGCAGAUGUUGUACUACAAUUCCCACAAUCCCUGACCGUUGGCCACUGUGCCUGGGGAUGAUGGGAGUUGUAGUCUAAAAACAGUUGUGCAGCCCCGACCUGCCCUACACCCUUAUUCUGACAUCUUUGGAAUUGUCUUUCCCUGAUUUCCUCCCAGAAAAAUAAUUGGGAUGCAGUAUCUCACUGUGGCGCUGACACACUGACAUAAUUUUUGCAACAUUCCUGCAGAACACAUACAUGUUGCUUCCAGCAGGAUUGCAUGUUGCUCCAUCCCGAUAGCACCAACAAGCACUGGCAGUGGCACUGGCUAUAGAAUCCAGUGUCUGUGAAUGUAUUACUUUUUCACUAUUCUUGUGUCAUUCUUAAGACUUUUGAAAUGAGGCAGGUGGCAAGCAGAGACAGGGCCUCUUUGAUUGUGGCACCUCAUUUAUGGUACUCCCUCCCCCUGCCUAUUAAUCCAGCCCCUCUCUGGAAGCAUUUAGAUGUCACUUAAAAGGUGUUCCUGUUCUCUCCGAAUUUUAAGAGGAUUUGCUUCUCUGAUCUUGCUGCUGUUUUCAGGGUGUGUUUUUUUCUUUGUUUGUUUACGACUGUUCUGGCUCGCUUUUAAAACUUAAUUUUAGUCAUGAUUGAGCUUGUUCUGAUGAGCAGCUGUUUCUGGGUAGGAGAGGGGAAAUCAGGGUACAAAGCUAAAGGUCUGGAGCUGCAGGACGCCCUCCUACCCAGCUCCUGCCUAAGUGGGCAGCCUAGCUUUUUAACCCAGUUCUAAGCUGAGGUAGGACAGAAAUACCCCACUGCCCUACCUCAGAAUUUGGUUGUGUCUGGCCGAUUGGGCUGUGAUUUUGAGCUCCCAGGAGCCAGCAGCCAUGGUGCCCAAAGAGUUAUGAGGACAGCAGGGCUGGGCAGAGCGGAGCUGCUCCAGGACUGUGGGAUGCUUCUCUGCUGUUUGCAAAAUGCGUUGUGGGCUAGCUGGAGGCCCCAGCUCCCAAAUUCAGCUCUGGAGAACAUUGCUGGGGCGUUCAUGUGGGCACACGGGCUGCAGAGCCAAAAGGAGGCUCUGGUCAUCUGGGAGCAGGAAGGUAAGAUCCUGCCUUCCCUGCAGCCUAGCCCAUUUGGCUGUGAGAACAGCUUCAUUGCGUAUUAUUGUUGCAGCUGCUCUUUUAAAUCCUGCAGUGAGACACCUUGGUCAUCACAGUUGAGAAGCUAGGUUUGCCUUAUUUUCAGUCAUGAUUGCAGGGCCUUGGAAGCAUGCAGGGCCUGGCGAAAUCACAGCAAGUAGAGAUGGUGGCCCAUAUGCUGGGCAACCAGAACAACACCCUUGCCCAGAGCCAGAACAGUAGCUGAGCUGCAGGCUUGCCUCACAGAUGAGGGAAAGCACUUCCCCCUCCUCACAAGUGCCAGGAACAUGUCCCUGCAGGCUGUUUGACCAUCAGGUUUCAGAGAGAAGUGAAAACCGCUUCGCCAUCUCCCUCCCGAUGUGCUGGGCUGCAAGGCAGCUGAGCCAGCACAGUGUAGUGGUUAGAGUGUUAGAUUCAGACCGGAGAGACCCACGUUCAAAUCCAUAUUCAUCCAUGAAACCCGCUGGGUGACCCUUGGCCAGUCACUUCUCUCUCAGCCUAACCUAACUCACAGGGUUGCUGUAAGGAUGAUCAUAACCAUGUUUACCAGGUAUAAAUGUAAAUCUUGCUCCACCCUUAAAAAGCUGUGCAGGACUGUGGGCCAGUGUUCUUAACAAUGUAAGCCUCUGGGCAACACCAGCCCCUUUUAAAAAAAUCAUUGUACAGUGACUAGCACUGCUUGUUGCAGCAACAGUGCUUGUUGCUUGGACCACAUUACCCCUUUGCAAAGUUCUCUUCACUAGCAUCCUCUCUCCAUCUCCACUUUAAGCUGCUUGUAAAGUAAAGUUGUGCCGUUGAGUCGGUGUCGACUCCUGGUGCCCACAGAGCCCUGUGGUUGUCUUUGGAAGAAUACAGGAGGGGUUUACCAUUGCCAUCUCCCACACAGUAUGAGAUGAUGCCUUUCAGCAUCUUCCUAUAUCACUGCUGCCCGAUAUAGGUGUUUCCCAUAGUCUGGGAAAUGUACCAGCGGGAAUUCAAACCAGCAACUCUAGGCAAGUCACUUCCCCGCUGUGCCAUCAUCUCUGUAGUUGUGCCCCUCUCUCUUUUCUUCUUUCUCUACAUGCAGUUGGAAUGUCCUUCCACCCAACUCCCUUUCUCUGUACCCUCCACUUCCUCUAUUCAGACCUUCUGCUUCCCAUCUUCUGAAGUGUGUCCUGACUUUACCUUUAAGCUUGCAGGCAGGACCUGUUUUAUUUGCAGUUCUUAUUUGCGGUGCCUAGUGAUCUUAGGUUCUUUAUAAAUAUAGACGGAAUAAUGCCAAUACGUUUUCAGAGGUUCCUCCACAGCUUUUUCAUUUUGAUGACUAAUAGAAUAGACUAGAUUAUGCAGAGCCUGUGAGGUUGGGCUAAUUUGAUUAAUUCAUACAGUUCACAGAAUCCAGUUUUUCUUUGCACUGUUUGGCUGACCCUGAUGCCGACUUCUGGUUUUCUUUUUCUUUUUCAGCACAAAACAUGCCAACCUUUUAAAGCUUUAGACUACAGAUCAAAAUUAUUUUGUUUUAGCAAACUGUGAUUGAUUGUUCCUACUACUUUAGAGAUUUAUUGCAACUGUGAUUUUUUUUAAGCAAGCUUUGUGCUGCAUUGUGCUAUUUAUCAUUUUAUUUUGUAUUUUGGUUUUAUGUUAAUAUCUAGUUUUUGUCUUUAUUUGGAAGUUGUUUUGAGAAUUUGGUCAAAUUUAAAGGUGGGAUAUAAGCUCUCUAAAUAAAGAUUACUAUUUUAUUUAUUUAAAACAUUUAUAUACCGCCCAAAACGCAAGUCUCUGGGUGGUUCACAACAAAACAAAAACAGAUACAAAGAUUAAAACAUCUUAGGAUUCGAGGUCAACAUGUGCCUGAAAGAAGUUGUUUCUUGCUGUGGGAAAAGCCGCCUCUCUACUCCCAGGCUGUUAAGAGAUUUGCAAAUGAGGCAAUUCAAUGAGGCAAGAGUCACUAUGUAUCAACAGCCUAGUGUUUGAAGAAGUGCGAUAUUGGAUUCGGCAAGGCCAGAGACAGACAAUGGCUCAUUGCCAAGGUGUUGCUAAAAAAUAGUUUGCUGUUCACAAUGCGUACACUCAGUCUGCUUUCACUUCCAGACAAAAAGGUUCAGCAUGUUUCUGGGAUUGAUUAAAAACCUACUAAACCUUUUGGCCAGUUGGUGGGGGUGGUGGAGUAUAGGGGAGGAUAGCCUAGGAAACAGAAGUGCUUGCAAACCACCACUGCCUCCGACUCACAGAUCUGGGAUUUCGAAGCCCAUUUUCACUGGGGUGAUUCUUGCGGAACAGCAGCUGCAGGUCUUUACUCCCACAAGAAAUGCAGUACAAAAGGGAACUGGGAUGAAGAGGAAAAGGCUAAGCAGGGAGAAGGUUAUAUAUUUAUACUGAAGCUUUAAAAAAUAUAUAUCUAUUUUAAAAAUAGAAGUUCUUUAUACAAAAUAAUUGCUUUCCAUUUCUGUUCUGUACACAUGCCAGGUCUGUGCUGACUUAGACGCCGUUAUUGUGGCCAACUUCACAAGCCGUCUUCUGGAUAAGACUCCUGCAGGUGCUGCUGCUUCUUCUUUUCCAAGAUUUCUUCUUCAAAUAUUUCUCUUUCCCUCUGGAAAGAGGACUUCCAAGAUGAAUUUGAUGCUGUCUCCAUUCCUCAGCCAUAGCAUCUUGGCAGUGUCUCUCUGGUAGAGCUCGUGCAAGUAGUUCAACACAAGGUCCUGCUGGCUUUCAUCCUCCAGGUAUGUCUCGAUGGAGGUCACGUAAGGAGGGGCAUUGAGGAAGUGCUUCAGCCACCGAGACAGCUUGCUCUUUAGGAUGGCCUUUAGGUGUUCCUCCGCCCUCUUGGCCUUCACAAUGAACUUCACAAUCUUCUUGUUGGCCUUGUCGCUGGCCGCCCGCAUCCGGUCGGGGAGAACCUUCUUAGCAGGCUUAGGGGGCGUUGCCCCUGAGAGAGAUCCUUUCAGGUUCAUCUCUAUUCUGGGGAAGGCAAUCUGGGAGAGUUGCCACUGGGCCUCUUCUCACUGGGUAGCUCAUAUCACUGGCAGAAUACUCCAGGAAGGAUCCCAUGAAGGAGUGGAGACCUACUUUGAUUCUGUAGUCUUUUAUCAAGCCAAUGCAGCAGUUAAUUUCAUGGCUGUGGUUCUCUCCAGCUUUAUCUAUGAGCACCUGCUUCUCUUCACAGUCAACGUGUUUGAGGUUUCUCAGAGAGACUCAGAAACCCUUCAAUUUCUCAUCGGCCAGGAAUGUUUCUGUCAGGAGCACACUCACUCUCUUGGCUUUCUGCUCCACCCUCUUCACCACUGCUGGCCAAUAUGGGUUUCUCCAGAGCUUGUACCAAACCAGCAUCCCUGCUUCAAUCGAACAGGGCUCUUGAUUCAGGAAGAUACUGGGAAGUUCUUCGUCGUCAUCUUCAUCCCCGAAAACUGAGCUGAGUGAGCUCUCUCUAAGCCUCAAGGGCAGUGCAGAGGUGGGUCCUAACCCUUGUCCAUCUUCAAAGUCAUGGGAAUGGAGGCUCUGGGCUGUGUUCACAAGACCGCUUCAGUUCACUUUCAGAGGUUCCAAAACUAGCUCAUCGAGAGCAGCUCCACAGUUGGAGUUCUUGGAAGAGCUCCUGAGUUGCUUUCCUUGGGAGGGAGACUGAGCCACGUUGCACAGUUUUAGGCGGGUUCCUUGAGAGUUCUCUGUGUAUCUCCUGCCAGAGGCCUUCCUACGUUUCUUUGGGGAAGGCUGUCUGUUCUUUGGGAGCUUGGCUGACCCACACUCAACGAGGGAGUCCAGCAGAUUCUUCCUAAGCCCAGGUUUUGCACCUGAAUUUUUCCCUGGCAGAAUGAACCUGGUGCAGGUGUUGCAGAGAGGGGAGUUUGGGGUGCUUGUCCUAGCCAAGUGCUUAGAGGCAGGUGAGGAGAAGUUGGUAUUCCCACCAGACCAUUCUUCAUUCCAACAGCACCUCUCGGCCUUCUUUGAGAAACGUGGCAAUUUUCUGGUGGGGCUGGGUUUGGGCAGCUUUUUGAGCUGAGCGCUGUUUGCUCCUGGCAUCUUGGUUUUGGAAGUGUGACAGCUUUGUGCAUUCAACUCCCUGGGGCUUGAAAGGGGUCUCAGUUUAGAUGCAGAGGGUUUAUGUUUGGAAAAGCCUUCAGUUUUGUCCCUGGGGAACUGGCCACAUUUUUCUUGGACUGCACCCUGCAAUGAUGUAGGUGCAUCCGGAGCCUUUUCCUCUCUUUUCCUCUUCCGCGUAUCCUUUUCAGAAGAGAGCUGCUGGCGGCUAGCCACGACCAUUGAUAAAGGCCCCUCUUGGGUUGCUUUGUGGGCAGCUGGCUUCUCUCUUUUCCUUUUGGAAAGGCUAUCUUCUUUGGAGCGAUUCAGGAUGUCCAAAGCCAUACGCAGAGCUCGCCGGUACUUCAGCUCUUUCACGGGCUGGCGGACUUCCUUGUUCUGAGCUAGCAGAGAGGCGAUGGCUUCAAUGUUCUCCUUGUUCAAGGGUUUGGUAUCCACACAGAGCAUGUCAGCCCUUCUCUCCGGCCUCGCACGUGCCUGAGUCCUCCCAGUCUGCCGCCGUCUGCAGUGAGUAGAGUGGAGUCUUGGCGCACGCGUGCGUACUAGAAGAGUGUACUAGAAUAGCAUUCAAGUGCUUCUGACAAAUCUUGUUCCCCAAUCCAUAUUCUCAUUUCCAAAUGAAGUCCCUGAGAUCUUCAUGCGGGCAGCUCAAAGGGUACUUUAGCCUUCGUAAUACAAACUCUAGAAAUGCUGUGAAAUGUGCCAUCCUCGUAGACCCUGAGUAGAACAGCUGCCUUCCAGAGUGCCUGAAGUCCAAAACACUCCAUCAGCGAAUAGGAGAGAAGCAAAGCUUUCCCGUUUUAAAUGUCCUGCUCGCUCACUCUGUUAGCAUUAAUUACCAUGGCAAUGCUAUAUCUGUGUCAGUGGGGCGAUUUAAAAUGCCUGUUCCAAGGCAACUAAUCUCAAGAGAUGCACAAUCCAAGAGGCAGGCGUUUCGGCGGCGGCAGUGCCAACCCUGAGACCGUGCAGUUGUGGCUGUAUUCUGUGGCUGAUUAGCACUAAAGGGCAUGGCUUCACCCAGGACUGUGAGCUUGAUCAUAGGCACAUCUCCAAACCUAUUUUUGGAGGGCAUUUUUGUGGCAGGAAAGGCACAUACAAAUAGAUCCUUAUACCCAGGGUUCUCAAACUUGGGUCCCCAGAUUAUCUUGGACCACAACUCCCAUCAUCCCCCGCAGCAACAGCCUUUUUAUUAGCCUCUACCUCACUAUAAGCCUGAGUUGGAAGACAGGGCUGGCUGAGGGAGGAGCAGCAGGAUUGGGAGCCCUGCCCGGGCUAGCACUGUCCUACCCAGGUCAGGCCAGUUGUGAGAACGACCUCCUUCUGUGGUUUACUUUGGGCCACACAGGAGCACCCCAAACUCAUGGUUUGCUUGUAACCCACUACUGGGAGCAAGGAAUGUGCUCCUGGGUAGUGCAGGCACAUAAAAUGGUCCUUUGGUUGUCCAAAGGGUGUUUGUCCUGCCCAGUCACCAACCCCGGGCAAAAUUCUCCUGAGUAAGUGAAAUGAAGAGGCUGGAUCCGUAUAAACAGGGUACGCAGAGCCCUGGAUGAGCACAGUGUGGACAUGCCCUUAGCAAUAGCACAGUGGCUCUUCAAACAUUGGUGUAUGAAGGGUUAGGGUUAGGGGGGCUGUUCUGGGGUAUUGCCUGCAGACCGGCCCAUUUUCUUACAUUACAGCCAUUCCAGGGGAAGAGGCUCAGAAGGCAAUCGAGGGCCUAAAAACCAUGGACUCUGGUUUACCAGGGAGCUGGGACCAUCUCUGGUUAAGAGGGGACAGUUGGGGAGAACAUGCAUUUAAUUUCUGAACAGUUUUUCAUUAAUUAAGUGAGAUGGUUUGGAAAUGCGCAGUUGAGGACCUCGUGGCUUGAGAAAAAAGCAGCUGAAUCAUAUUGCAUAAAAAUACUUUUUGAAGUUGGUGCACACUGCAUCUCAGAUUAGCAUCGCUUUUUGGAAAGUGUAAUUAGGCCUAAUUAGAUUUGCAUCUGCUGAAUCUGGGCAAAGGACCAAGAGUAAGAAGCACCGUUCGGGCACUCCUCCGAGCCACAUCUGUAAACAACUUUCAGCCUGGCCUCUGCCGGCCUGCCACACAGGCAGCCGAACACUCGGGAGAGCCAACCAUUUAACACGAUCAACUUGUUGGGCAAAAUCCACUGGGAAGCUGGAGGCCCGUUGAAAGGAAGCAGAGUGCGUAAAUGGGAUAAUGAAUGAGUGGACUGUGCCCAUCAGCCGUAUUCAUUAUUUUUUAAUUAGCUCUUUGCAAUCUCCAUUUUGCACUUUAUUUUGCAUAUCUAAUCUAAUCUGCUGAUCAAACUCCUGCCAGCCGCCAUCCUUUCAUAAGGAUAGAAAUUUGUUCCCGUGUUAAUUAGCAUCCUAAUUGGGCUCAUCUUGAAGCAUAUUUAAUAUUUAUGGCUUUGCCCUUGAAAAUCAGCAGGAUUGCUGGGCUGUACUCGUGAGUUUGGGAGCUUUUCCCACCAUGCACAGCUCACUGAUACUGCUGACACCUCCCUGGACAAUAGAUUAGGCGCCCACAGCCAUCAUGGCCAGAAAGCCCGUUGUUCUGUUGGGCCAUGGGGGUGUGGAGGAGGACAGGCCAGCCAGCAUCAGGGAUCGUCUUUGCCCUCACUGUCCCUGAGCGAAGCAACACAUCUUUAUUUCCCCAAAUGGGGGGCAGGGGAUUAAAUUAUUACAUUUUCCUCCUCCGAGGAACUCAAGUCAGUGGUUCUCCCUGUGCCCUUUUUACCCUCACAACAACCCAGUGCUAUAACAGAGUGGGGAUCUGAACUUUGGUUUCCCUGGUCGUCGUUUGACGCUCUCACCACUACACCCUACUGGUUGGUGAAUGGCAACCCUUCACUUUUAUGGAAGAAUGCAAAGGAGGGCAUUCUGAGACAUCGUUGUGAUGGGGGGCUAAGUCUGCUUCCUGCCCCUUCUGAUUCCAACCGGCCCCUCCCUGUGCAGUCUUCUUCCAUCAUCUGCAUUGACUCUUAUUUCUUGGUGACACAAGAAUGUGACAGAAUUGUGGUGGGAAUGGGACAGAAAGCUGGCAUCUAGCUUUUGUAUAUACAGAGAUGCCUUAAUCCUCCAGGGGUGAUGUAUAUGUCAAGACAAGGGCCCUGAUUGAGCAGGUAACACCUAAAGGAGCACCCUGGCUAUCUUCAUUCCCCACCCGCCAUUCUAGAGGGGGUCAGUCAUUUCAUCCCGGCUGCCACUUCAGUUGGAAGUGAUGCAAUCUACAUUUCUACAGGCUGUGUUCUCGGGGGCAAGAUGUGUACCUAAUGCUGUACUGUGACUCGAAGCAGGCCUGUUUAAGGCAGAGGCCAGGGCCUGGAUCCUUCUUUUUAAUUUCUGGUUAAAAUGAAUAUUCUUCCAGUCAGCCUGGCAUCACUCACACUGAUUGACAGCUUUCAGUCCACUCAGAGCAGGCUUUUGCAGGAUAGACUUGGUCCAUAUGCGUUUUCUCCUAAUUUCUUCAUCUCUUUGGGGUACGACAAUACCAAACAAAUUCUGUAGCAACAUAUCCAAGUUAGUAACAACAGAAGGAUUUGAGCAUGGCCACUAGUAGUAACAGCCCUGGUGGGUUCUCGAGCUAUCUUAAGCCAGCCAGUUAAGCUCACUAGUCUGACAACCUUUGACCAGUGGAGAGCAUUUUCGAUGGCACUCUUUAAUGUGCAGUUCUUGAGGGAGGAUAUCGGAAAUAGCCUUAUAGACCAAAAAUGCCCAUGUGGCACAGAGGAAACUGAAACUGACUUGUGCUUUUAUAUUGCCCAUUCUAACGGGAUAUUCCCAUCACUUUUAUUGCCCCUCUUUUACUGAAUAUGCUAGGCAGAUCCGCUGAGUUUUAUACCUCCUUUCUACUUGCAGAUCGGAAUCCAUCGACAACAUUUAGUGUGGCUAAAUUCUGUGCUGCCGCCUACAAGGUCAGGCAAGCGUUGAUUCAAAGAUAUUAAUUAUAACUAAAACGUUAAGCAGCACAGCAUUUCUAUUUCAAUUAAGUGUAUGGACGUUUAGUGCAUAGUAUAUAGAUUUGUAAGGUGAUGAGUAGUACAUAUAUUCUGUCUUAACUUGUUAAAAUGUUAAUUUUGCUGUUGGUAGUUAUCUGCUUGUUGGUUCUGAUCAAUGGCCGUAAUAAAGUAAUCUAUCUGUGUU